ACCUCUCACUCUUCUUAGUUCUUACUUAGCUUCCUUUCUUUGUCACUCUCUUACUCUCUCUCUUUCUCUCCUUUCUUCUUGGCUUCUCCUUUGCACGCUCUAUCAUCAGGAACAAAACAAGGGUCAGCAUACACAACUCUCCAAGCUUCUUCUUCAGUUUCUAUGCUUUCAUCACUUGGUGAUAUAGUCCUUGUGGGUCAGAGAGCAUUGAAACAGUGAGGCCCAAAUUGUGAGCCCAUUUCUCUUUUUGGUGGAUACAAAAUUGCAAGGGCAGGGAAGGAAGCCAUGCAGACCCCUAACCCAAAGACAAGAAAUGGCGGAUCCUCUGAAGUUCCUCAGAAGGUUUCGCCGCGUGCGAUUCGCCAACUAAGGCCCACCGGUCUAGACACAGACGCCGUAUCUUCGUUAAGCCAAGCUAAUAAAAUGUCAAAAGAAAGAAGCCCUAAGAUCGCCGACCGCAGAUCGCCGAGAAGCCCUGUUCCAGAGAGGAAGCGCCCGAGCAAGAUAUCCGAAUUGGAAUCACAAGUUUCUCAACUUCAAGAGGAUCUGAGGGUGGUAAGGGACCAGCUUAUUCUGUCCGAAUCGAGCAAGAAGCAAGCUAAGCAAGAGGCUGAGGAUGUCAAGGAUCAACUGUUAGUCCUAUCUGCGAAACUCGAGGAUUCGCAGAAGCAAAUUCUAGAGCUCUCAGCUACUAAAGAACUUCAUGAUUCUGAGCUUGAAAAAACCAUAGAGGAGCACGAAUGCGAAGUCGAGGCUUCUAGAAACCGGCUUUCAGUUGACCCUGCUGCACUUGCCUCUGCAAUGAAUGAAAUGCAACAUCUCAAGGCUCAGCUUGGACUGACAGCUAAUUGUGAGACUGAACAAAUCCAACACAUCGAAUCCGCGGACACAGAGCUGUUGAGCUUGAAGCAGAACUUGUCAGAAACUCUCUCUCUUGUGGAGGAAAUGAAAAAUCAAUUAAGGAACUGCAAAGAAUCUGAAGCUCAGGCCCAAGCUAUGGUUAAUGAGACUUUGUUGCAACUUGAGGAAGCUAAUAGAACUGUAGAUCAGCUAAGGACCGAUGCUGCGAAGGCCGUUGAUGGCUACAACUCCAUUGCUUUAGAGUUAGAUGAGUCUAGAGCAAGAAUCAACUCGCUCGAGGAACUUGCGAGCAAUCAUUCUGGAAAUUCUCUGAUUGAGGGAUUGAAAGAGAGCGAGGAUCCUACUCCGAUCGAAGGCGAAAUUCAUGCUUUGAAGGCCGAGGUUGCGCGACUAAGAUCUGCUGUAGAAACUGCCGAAACUAAUUACCAAGAAGAACAGAUUCGAAGCACGGUGCAGCUUAGGAAUGCCUAUGAGUUGAUGGAACAGAUAAAAUCUGAAUCAAACAAGAAGGCAUGCGAGUUAGAAGCUGAAUUGAAAGCGAAGAAAGUUGAAAUCGAAGAGUUGAAAGCUAACUUGAUGGACAAGGAAACUGAAUUGCAAGGUAUUGUGGAGGAAAAUGAGAAUUUGAGUUCAAAGCUUGAUGAGAGCAUUGCAUCCAAAAAGGAGAACAAGCUUAAACAAGAACUUAACAAACUCAAUGAAUGUGUGGCCGAAUUGAAGGCUGAUCUGAUGGACAAGGAGACAACACUGCAAAGCAUAUCCGAAGAGAACGAAUCGCUGAAAUCGGAAAUCAACAAGAGCUUGUCAGAUGGUGGCAAAGUUAGUAAAGAGGAGGCUGCAGCAGAAGUCGAGGCGGCUAAGGCUGCAGAGCGCGAGGCGCUCGCGAAACUUGGGAUUGUGAUGGAGGAGGCGGAUAGGAGCAACCGGAAGGCUGCGAGGGUGGCCGAGCAGCUGGAAGCAGCGCAGGCGGCCAGCUCGGAAAUGGAAGCAGAGCUGAGGAGGCUAAAGGUGCAGUCUGAUCAAUGGAGGAAGGCAGCAGAGGCUGCGGCGGCUAUGCUUUCGGCCGGAAACAAUGGUAAGAUCACAGAGAGAACUGUUUCUUUGGACAGCAACAACUAUAAACGGUCACCAUUUGGUGAACACAUGAUGGAUGAUGAUGAUGAAUACAACAGAAAGAAAAAUGGCAACAUGCUUAAGAAGAUUGGUGUGUUAUGGAAGAAGCCUCAGAAAUAAUUAUCUUGUGUUGUAGUCAUGAAUAUAUUAUUGUAAUGUCUUGUGUUUUUUUUUUUUUAAUUUCUUUUUGUUUGUUAACUACCCUCUGCUUUGAACUGCACUGUAAAUGCAUGCUGCCUGGGUCUGAGUCUCAGUGUUUGUGAACUGAAUUUGCAAAUUUAGUUUA